UGACAUAUGUUUGAAAAUAAAAGUGACAAAAACCGAAUGCAUAUUGCUAGAUUUUCGAAAUAUUAAUCUUCAGUUAUUUGUUUUGCAAAAUGAAAGGAAAUUACAUUUAUAGUGUAUAAUUUGUGUGUAAAGAACUCUAAAUGAUGAGUGUAUAUUUUCUGAUAUUAAUUUCUGUUUUUUGAGGACAAUGUACACUUUAAAAGGAAUUUUUCCAGAACCCAAAAAGGAGCAAAAAAAGAACUUCAUAAGAGAAAACAUGAAACAAUUAAAGUUUAUACAAGGCAAAUCACCUAAAGAACCAAAGUAUACAUUAAAAAGCGGACAUCCUCCACGCUUUUCGAGUUCCCUUGCGGCUUCGAACACGUUAGGUCAAGUUAAGUCAUCUCCAUCUAGUAAGAGUGGGAAGGUGAUACUCAAUAUUGGAAAAAAUUGUGCCUUGGGUGGCCGUAAAAAGCUCCCAGAUGUAAGAAUAAAGAAAGGCGAUAUGGCGGAAUUUUUAAAGCGAAAAGAGCAAAGACAAUCUAAUGUACCAGAAGACCAAUCAGAUGAUGAGGUGAAAUCAACUGAAUCAUCAGGAAGGUUGCGGGAUAUAGGCUGUCAGACAAUUGAAAGCAAUCUCUCGCAACGGCUCGAAAGUGCCAAACUAACUAUGUUGUACAAUAGGGAAGAAGACAGUGAAACUAAAAUAAAGGCGAGCGGAGACUCUGGACGUCACAAAAGUUCAUCACCAGUGACACACACACCCAGGCGGGCUGGUGAUGAUUUAAUGGAAGAAAGAAAUAGGAGUAGAUUGAAUUCUAUUUUGGAAAGGAAAGAUAAAGACCCAUAUUUGCCUUCAGGAUACCAAAAAGGAGUACUACCUCGUUAUCUCCGAGAACGCAAAGAGCAAGAAGCCAAGGAGCUGGAGGGAGCGAAAGCAGACGACGAUCACAUUGUAUGUCCUCCGGGACAUGUUACACUGCCAGAUAGUGAGAAGCGAGAGACUUUGCGAAUGCUGCGGAAUAGUUUUGCGGAACUGGUGAGUGAGUUAAACAAAAUGCCGGUCAAAACAGAUACGUUGAGGAUGAGAAAUCGAAAGAUGGAACUGGAGAAGCAACUAGCGAAACUCGAGGAAGGCAUCAAGGUGUUCUCUCGGCCCAAAGUGUUUGUCAAAAUUGGAGAAUAACUUGUAGUUCUUAUAAACAGUAUUGAUGAUUGGCGAUUUGUUAAACUUUGUCUGGUUGAUAAAUUUUUGUAAUGUUACUGCAACAUAAAAAAAAUUAAUGUCAAGAGAAGAUUGUAACAUAAAUAUUAUGGUGAAGAAUGUUUUAGAUUAUAAUGAUGACAAAUGCCUAGAAUGCAUACACAUAUUUCUGAUCAUAAUUUACUGUUAGUAAUUUAUGUAUGUAAUUGGAUUUUCAAUAUUUCUUUAAACUUGAUGUAAAAAAGGCUAGCUAAUUUUUUUAUCACUUGGUUAAUUUUUACCACUUAGAUAGAGUUAAACUCUGAUUGUAGACCUACAAAUCUUGCCUUUUAUAUUUUGUAUCUGU